ACCACCGCUACCAUUCAGUCAGUCUCAAGCCAGUAAGCGAGAAGGUUCGCCGCCGCUUCUCCUCCGCGGGUGUCAGUGGCGGUACAUAACGCCAUAUAGUUUUCCAUCAUUUACUUAGUUUUCUCGCGUCUUUUCAACCUCCGGAAAGCGAUAUAUAUAAGGGACGAAGCCUUAAGCCUCAGUCUACCAUGGUUAAGUGUUUGUAAGCCCGUUGGAAAAGGAGAAAUAGAUUAAAAUAUUGAAAACGAAAAAGCGAAGGAAGGAAAAUAUUGGAAACGAAGGAGGGAAGGAAAAUAUUGGAAGAGAAAGGAAAGGACAGGAAAAUACGAGGAUUGGAAAAGGAAAACGGAAGGAAAAGAGACGAGGACAAGUUCAGAAAAGACAUAGAAAAGAAGAAAUAGGAAGGAAAAUAUAGGAAAAGAGGAAAGGAAAACAAGGAAAACACGAAGAUAAGAGACUAUAAAGACAGAGAGAAGGUUAAAGAUAAAAAACACCAAAAAAUCGAGGAAAAGAACGAAAUAAAAACAGGAAAAGGAGGAAAAUACGGACUGGAAAAGGAAAAAAAGAAAGAAAAGAAAGAAAUUAAUAAAAACACAAAAAGAUAAUCAGAAAAUAAACGAAAAAUUAAAAACGAGAGAAAAAGAAGAAUUUGAAGAAGGAAAAGAUAAAGAAAAUAAGAAAAAAAGAGAGAAAAUAAAGAAAAUACUCGAAAAUGAUGGCAACGCUUCCCUGCUGGUGCCUGGCUAAGCUGUCGACCCGGAUCACCUCAAGUACCAGGGUUCGAAUCUCCGUCUGAGAGAAAAAAAGAAAGAAAGAGAGAAAAAAAGAAAGAAAAUAUUGUGUGAGAGAGAGAACAGACUGUCUCCCCAAAGGACUAUAGCUCACAUUUCCUGACUCUCUCUCUCUCUCUCUCUCUCUCUCUCUCUCUCUCUCUCUCUCUCUCUCUCUCUCUCUCUCUCUCUCUCUCUCUCUCUCUCUCUCUCUCUCAAGAUGGGUGAGACGGAAGAUAUCUCGAAGCAAGUGGAUCAAGUUUAUAAGAACCUCCUGGACAAGUUCAACCCAGCGGCGAGGAACUUGAUAACAGCGGGGAAGGCUUAUCUGAAGGCCUUGCACGGGGCGAUGUCGGCAAGCAAGAUCUACCUCGAUGCGCUCACCAAGGUUGCAAGACACUCUCAACAGGGGACGUGGGGUGGUUCUUCUGACGUGGGGAUGUGUCUCAUGCAGAUGGUCGAUGUCUAUAAGGAAGUCCAGUCACAGCAGAUGAAUAUUCUGAAGGCGUUCUACGUGGACCUCCUCGUCCCUCUGGAGACCAACCUGGACAAGGACACAAAGGUUCUGCAGGCCGAGCAGAAGAAGUUCGUGUCCACCCACAAGACCAAGCUGGAGACGUACACGAAGGCGGCGUCGCACCUCAAGAAACACAAGAAGAAGAACAGGGCCAACAAGGGAGCCAUGGACAAGGAGAUUAAGCAAUAUCAAGCCGUCGAGGAGGAAAGACUUAAAUUGGAAGGAUUUGUUGAGUCGAGCCUUCAGAAUGCCGUGACGCAAGAGAGACGGCGGUACGGGUUUAUCCUUGAGCGCCAGUGUUCCCUCGCCAAGCACUACCUCGCCUACCACAGCCGCGGGUCCUCCCUGCUCACCCACGCCCUCGACAACUGGCAGGACGUGGCCAAGACUCGCGAGGCCCUUCCUGAACGACUCCUGGCCAUGCUCCCCUCCGCCAGGCCAAGGGACGAAGGCAUCUACUCCACCCCGCUCUGCCUUGAGGAGGACGCAAUGUCUAUCAGCUCGCAGGUCCGGAAGGCUCGCUCGAUGGACGCCUCCUGCCUGGACCUGAGCACGGCCGACGAGGAACCGCCGUCCAGACCCUUGACGCGUGCCCGAUCGGAGUUCAACCUUGACCACAACAGAUUCACGCCUGACCACACUGUCCUUCGUCGGUCCAUGGCCAUCCCUGAGGACGUGGGUCGGCGGGCCAUGGCCAGAGCGCUCUACCCUUAUCUACCAAGCGGCGACAACCAACUCUCCUUCACUGAAAUGGACCUGAUAGCCCUCAUAGGGGAGAAGAACAAGGGUUGGCAGUACGGGGAAAACCUGAGAACCCAGAGGUGUGGAUGGUUCCCUGUGGCCUAUACGGAGCUGCUUCAAGAGGAGGACGAUUCUGCCCUGGGGUUCCUGAGUCUUCAACACACACGGGCCCGCAGUAGCGUAGGAGACCCAUCCUGCCCCGGCCCUUCCUCCCUCCCCGCUAACAUUGAGUACAGGGGGGCGGAGAAUUCAGGCCCCCCCCUCCACGCCCCCCCUCUCCACGCCCCCCUCGCCUCCUCCUCCUCCACCUCCUCCUCCUCCGCCGCCCUCCACCACCCUCCUCCUCACCGCCCCCCGCGAGGUCAUCAAAAGCAUAGAUCGGCCAGCGCUGGAGUUGUACAGUUCCGAGCCGCAAGUCCCACCACCUCCACCACCCAUGCCAGUUCCACCUCCACUUCUGCCGCGGCCCUUCCACCACCAGCUCAACUCCACCAACAACAACAACUCCACCACCAGUCCUAUCUUCGUUCUACCUCCACUUCCCAACCACCACCGCCACAACACCUAGUCUCCUCCUCCUCCUUGGACACCCUCCGCUCCGCCUCCUCCUCCUCCUCCACCACCACCAACAACACCGUCCUCUUCAACCACCAUCAGCACCCUCAACACCACUACCACCAACACCAGCCAAAAGUUCCCGCCCCGACGUUGAAGAAGUCCCCAAGUUUCCACGGUACCCACAAACCCUCCACUUCCUCCACCUCCUCCUCCUCCACUGCGAUCACGAUUUCGAACCCUGGUCCUCCACUUUCAACGUCGACUCGCUCCUACACGACGCCAGCAUCCACCUCCUGCACCUCCUCCUCCACCUCCUCCUCGUCCCAUGUCUCCCGCCUCCACAAGAGAGGGAGUGGCAGCUGCUCCUUCCACUCCAGCGAUGAUAGUGGAUUCAGCAACGAAAGUGGAACGGGAAGUCACCGCCCACCUGCCAACCCCGAAGUGGAUUACUCGGAUGACGACAACUCCAGCGGAAGUGAGCUCCACCCUUGCAGAAACAGCCUCAGCUCACGGUGGCUCUGGUCAGCUUCCUCGCUCGCCCUGACCUGCGACGACCCCUGCAACAGCCUACCGCGGGAGAGGGACGACCUGGCCAGCACCACCACCAACACCACCAACACCAACACCACCUCCAGCUACCACCACCCGUACCAUCCUCAGGCUUACUACGCCCCGAACCCUUCCCAGACCCUCCCAGCACCGGGGCGUGAGGUGAAGAUGGCCCAGGAUAAGAGGAGGAGGUACCCGUCGCUGCCGUCUCUGUCCUCGCUGUCAGUGGACCAUUUCGUGACGGUGGCGCGGAGGAAGGCGAGCAAACCAAAGUCCCCGUGCGCGCAGAAGAUCGCCGCGCAGAGAGAACGCAGCCGAAGGACCCUAAGACGUAGCUCCUCGCUCCUGUGCCUCGGGAUGGACUCCUGCGCCGGCCUGGACGAACUCUUCAGCGCCGACUACGAGGAUCUUCGGCCCGGGGACUGGCGCCACACGUCCAAGGUUGACAUCUUAGGUGACAUCCCUUCCCCGCCACCUUACGAUCCGCCCCCUCCGCCUACGCCCCCUCCUAACCCAUCCACAUGUGACCAGUCCACGCCCUCCACCACCCCACGGCCGCCCAUGCCACUCCCCCAGGGCCAGAGCUCCCCCUGUUCAUCCUCCACGCAUCCGAAGUCCUCCAGUGAGUUCUCGCAUCGGCACUCGAACUCCUCGUCAGGGAACAGCACGUUGACGGGGAGCGAGGGCGAGGAGGGCACGGAGGAGGACGAGGAGGAGGUGUAUAUGGUAGUGCGAGACCACCGCAGGGAGAUGACCAGGACCAUUAAGCGUUCUCAGACCAGGAAGCAAGUCUGCCGAUCGCUAACAUGGGCGUCCCCAACUCCCCGCUCCUCCUCCUCUCCCCCAGCUGCCGCCCUCACCCACAGGACUCUUGAUGGACCUCCAGGACGCGAUAGGACUCCCAGGGACGCUCAGAGGACCCAGAAAUCGUCCCAGAACCAAAGACGUCAGCCUAUACGCGCUGCAACGGUCAGGGUCCCAAAUCGCUCAAGAAUGGAGCCCAGGGUGACCUUCAAGUCUGACUCACCGCCGCUCCCGCCCUUCAACCAGCCCCUACGCCCGCAGCAGCCCAUCCCGCAGCCCCAGAAGCCCCAGCACACCCCCCAGACGUACAAUGGCUACCUGCACAUUCUCAACUACAGUGAUUUCAUGAACCGACGGCUGAAGUACCCUGAAGGUGCCUCUCGCCUCGACCAGACUUCCCUCACGACUGGGCACCUUUGUGGGCCAUGGUACGACCUCUGGGGCGACGACCCUUCCGUGGCUGACGUGUAGAGGGGUGACGGAGGCGCUGAAGGGCUGACGGAGACGCUGAGAGGGACAGGAAGACGAGGAGGGCGGUGAAGGGAACAGAAUCAGAUGGGUAACUCAAGACAGAUCAAACCUUCCUUUCUGCGGUAACCUGAAGAAGGGCUGAAGGAAGCGAUGAAGGGCUGACGAAGACGCUGAAGAAGAAGAAGACGACCAAGGAAAAAGAAGGAAAAGAAGGAGGAAGAAAAGGAGAUGAAGGAAUAGAAGAAAACAAAAAAUGACCUCUUAAUUUGACGUAUCGUGGAAGGAAGGAAGAAGAAGAAGAAGAAGAAGAAGAAGAAGGAGAGGGAAGGAGGAAGGGAAGAAAAGAGAGAUAAGGGAAAGGAAGAACAAACACUGUAAGAAGAAAAACACACAAUAAAACGACGGAGAAAAACACAAUGAAGGAAAACAUUAAAAAAACAUCAGAAAACCAGAAAAAAACGAGAAAAAAAUGUUUGAGUUGCAUCUUCGAAACACUUGGAUAAUUUCUUUGUUUGUUUAGAUUUGUGUUGCAUGAUUACUGUGUUGCUAUUAGUGCCUUGUGUGUGUGUGUGUGUGUGUGUGUGUGUGUGUGUGUGUUUGCUUGGCUUUCUGUAUCGGUCUGCAAGCAUGUACGUGUGUGUAUGUAUGUGCGUUUUCUGUUUGGGCUAUGUGUGUAUGUGUGUGUGUAUGUUUUUGUGACUUCUCAUGUGCGUGUGUGUGUGUACCUUUAUGGACGUACACACACACACACACACACAUAACAGUAUUUGACCAGCCAACGCCUUCUAAAGUGUCUGUUUAGAAUGUCAUGUUGGCUGUGCGUGUGUGUGUGUGUGUGUGUGUGUGUGUGUGUGUGUGUGUGUGUGUGUGUGUGUGUGUGUGUGUGUGUGUGUGUGUGUGUGUGUUGCUAAUCGCCUUGUG